AUCAUGUUUGCGGCUCUCCUGAAGUUAGACUUGGCCUUUGUGGGCAUGACUCUGGUCCUAGGCUUGAUUUUUAUGGUUCUGUUUGAGAUCUUCAGAAUUCAUUCCUACAAUGGUCGAUUUCCACCUGGUCCAACACCUCUGCCUUUUGUGGGAAAUCUACCACACUUAUUGAACCCAAAGGAGUUCAUAAGAUCGUUGUCUCAGUAUGGAGAAAUGACCACUAUGUAUCUUGGGAGAAAGCCAGUGAUAAUGCUCAAUACAAUCCAGGUGGCUAAGGAAGCCCUGGUUCAGGAUACUUUUGCUGGAAGACCACAUCUGCCAAUUGUAGACUGGAUGUCUAAUGGACUCGGUAUCGUGAUGGUCACAUUUAACAACUCUUGGAAGCAGCAGAGACGGUUUGCUCAGCACAUGUUCAGAAACUUUGGUCUGGGGAAAAACACAAUAGAAAGUCGCGUGUUAGAGGAAAGCCAAUAUCUGAUUGCUGAAAUGCUCAAAGAUGAAGGCAGAUCAAUGAAUCCCCAUUAUAUUAUAAAGAACGCCCUUUCCAACAUUAUCUGCUCCAUCGUGUUUGGAGAUCGCUUCGACUACGAUAACAAACACUUUGAAUACCUUCUGAAUCUUCUGAAUGAAAACAUCUUGCUCUUAGGGUCAGCAGCAGGACAGAUUUUCAACUUAUUCCCCUUCAUCAAACAUUUCCCUGGUCCACACCAGAAGAUCAAGAAGAAUUCAGAUGAGUUAUUUGGUUUCGUUCGACAUGAAGUUGAAGAACACAGAAAAACUCUGGAUCCAGGCAGUCCACGAGACUACAUCGAUGCCUAUCUGCUGGAGAUGGAGAAACAAAAGUCCAACAAAGACUCCCCGUUUCAUGAAGGAAACCUGGUUAUUUCAGCAACUGACCUGUUUCUGGCUGGAUCCGACAGCACAGCGACCAGCAUCAGAUGGGGCCUCCUCUUCUUGAUUCAAAACCCAGAUGUACAAGAGCGAUGUCAUGAGGAGAUUGUUCAGGUUCUGGGUUACGACCGCUUGCCCAGCAUGGAAGACCGUAACAGACUACCCUACACACACGCCACUGUUCACGAGAUUCAGAGAUGUGGCAACAUCACACCUGUUGGGUUGUUUCAUGAAACGGUUCAGCCCACAAAACUACGUGGAUAUGACAUUCCUCGGGGAACUUUAGUCAUGGCAAACUACACUGCAAUUUUCAGCAAUAAGGAGCACUGGAAGCAUCCUGACACAUUUAACCCUGAGAAUUUCCUGGAUGAGAACGGACACUUCAGCAAGCCGGAGUCUUUCAUUCCAUUUUCACUGGGGCCGAGGUCCUGUCUGGGUGAGUCACUGGUGAGGACGGAGCUCUUUUUGUUCAUCACUUCACUCAUACAGAGGAUUCAUUUCUCCUCACCGCCUGAUGCAAAGCCCAUAGACAUGGAUGGCAUCUUGGGUAUAGUCCGCUAUCCUCAAACUUUUAACGUCAUCUGCUGCAGUAGAGACACCAAAGAUUGA